AUGAACGCCCUAACCGCGGAACAAGAGCCGGCAGAGGCCAUAGAAGAGAGGAUAGGGAAAUCAGACCCGGAAGAGGUUAGAUUAGGGUCAUUAAGGGCGAACGCUAACUGUACACAGACUGCAACGAUAACUCUGUCAAAAGCCGAAAAGCUUAUGGAACACAGGGAAAAAGCUGUAAUCAGAGUGGGAAUGAUCAGCUGUAUAGAAUGGAGAGUAGGAUCAAUAUGCAGAGGUCAUAUGACCACAUCAAAGGAGAUUGUGAUGAACGAAAUAGAAGCGAAUUACCUAUGCUUCCGAUGCGGUGAACGCGGAAACAGCACAAGAGAAUGCGAAGGAGAUGAGGCAUGCCUCGUAUACAGGAAGGAUGGACACAGAGCUGGCUCGGGGAAGUGCAGGCUGUUCCGUAGAGCGUUAUCGUCUAUCGACCAACAACAGAAGAAAUAA